AUGGUGCCGAAUUAUCUAAACACACAAUCGUUCUUGUAUACGUCUGAACCGGGUCGUGGCGAUCAGCGCCAUAGUAAUUUUUCAUCUAAUGAAGGAUGUAGCCUUGAUUCGAUUUUUCAGCCGUUGUAUAAGCCCAAUGAAAACCAUUUAAACCCAUGCUUCAUCGCACUAGUAACAGGUUACUCGCACAUUGCAAUUGCACUCUUUAUAUUGUUCCAAAUUGCUAACUUGAUCUUUAACAAUACGUUUGGGCACCAUAAGAUUAAGUACAGCUUUGGAUCUUCAAUUUCAUUACUUCGUAGUAGCUUGAGUCACCUCGCAAAAGUUAGUGCAAUUGUUCUUCAAGUACUAUUUGUAUCAUUGCUCCUAGGCUUGAACCUUUCGACUGAAACUUCAGGAUUCAAAACUACUGCUCUCCUAUUAGUACUAGGUACUCUCCUAUUUGCGGCUACACCGCUCCACUUUAUCGAGCCCACCAGAAGCGUUGUGCCGCUGGCUUCGCUACUUAUAUUCUGGACAAUUCAGAUCAUCGUAACUGGAAUUUGGGUAGUUCAAGAUGCUUUCAGUCCUAUUAAACUUUUUGCUCAACUGAAUGCUGCCAUCUUUUUGACUAUAGAAACGUUGAUUUUCAUCAAUGCUGUUACUAUCUUCAACUUUGAGUUUAAUUACUAUACCCCAACCAGAGAACUUGUGGACUAUUUCGAACUCAAUGAAUGGGAUAUUACUUCCGAAGUAGAUUUCUACUCUUAUAUUACGUUCUUGCAUGCUCAACCGGCAAUGAAGCAAAUCUAUAUCAAUGAUUCUUUGGAUGAAGAUACUAUUAAAUUACCGGGUACUCCAAAUCGUUUGAAAUGUGAGUACACGCAACCAAUACUACAAGGCUAUUGGGAUAAAGAAUUGUUGAAAGAAAAUAAGAAGGACACUAAUUUAUUUAUACCAAUUAUUCGCUCAAAUUUGCUUUACACUUUCCUUCUGUUUGCCUUUAGUAUUGCAGAGUCCUGUGUUUCGCUCUCGCAACCAUUUUUAUUACGAAUGUUGUUACUAUUCUUCCAGCAAAAGACUUCGAAAACGCUAGAAGAUGCUCCACCGUUAAUCACUGGGAUUUCCAUUGUGGCUGGAAUGUUUUUAAUUGCAAUUUUAAGAUCCAUUAUCGGAAACCAAGCUUAUUUGUCCAUGUUCAGUCUUAUCUUUAGUAUUCAAACUGGUUUAUCUGGUAUGAUCUAUGAAAAAUCCUUAAGGUUAUCUCCAGAAGCUAGAAAGACUCAAACCACUGGUGAUAUUAUAAAUCAUUUAGGUACAGAUGUUGCAACCUUGGAAGAACUCUCAUAUGUAAUUGCAGAUGUUCUUAAUGAUCCUGUGAGGCUAUUGAUUUGUUUGUUUUCGCUUUAUAAAAUCAUUGGAAAUGCAACUUGGGGAGGCUUCAUUGUAGCUUUGAUCUUAGUGCCUUUAAGUAGUAAGGUGAGUACCUCAAUUUUUCUGCUUUACAAUGAAGGAUUAGAGUUCAAAGAUGCAAGAGUUAGAUUGACUAGUGAAAUAUUUACUUCCAUUAAGAGUGUUAAGUUGUAUUCAUGGGAAAAACCUAUGCUUGAGAGACUUGGGGAAGUCAGAAAUGAUAAGGAAGUGAAGACGUACAAGAGGAUAGGAGUCUUCAAUGCGUUUUCUACAUUCUUAUGGUCAUGCAUUCCUUUCUGUAUAGCUACUGCUAGUUUUGCCACCUUUGCUUAUACCUCAAAUGUUCCUUUAACUCCCGAUAAGAUCUUUCCAGCUUUGGCCUUAUUUGAUAUGUUGACAGAGCCAAUGUUGGCGUUACCUAGUACAUUCGCCAACAUUGUUGAAAUUAGAGUCUCUUUAAAAAGAUUAAGAGAAUACUUCUCAGCAGAAGAACUAGGAAAGACAGUGAAAAGAGUAAAUAAACCUUUGCAGUUGAAUGACGUUUCAAUUGACCUUGAAAACAUAUCCUUCAUCUGGAAUCUGAACCCCAAGAGUUCUAUUGAUGAUCUGAAUACCGCGUUGAAAGACAUUAAUUUCACUACAAGAAAGGGCCAAUUGACAUGUAUAGUUGGUAAGGUUGGCGCCGGAAAAUCGACCCUUCUUAAGGCUAUCUUAGGCGAAAUUCCGAUUGCUCCUGAAGCAGCGAAUAGUAUUCCUGGCCAUAGUCUGGUUGUUGGAAGUAUAGCUUACUGUUCACAGUCACCAUGGAUUAUGAAUGCAACUGUGAAGGAGAAUAUUAUAUUUGGAUGUCGUUACAAUAAGGAAUUUUAUGAUAAGGCAGUUGAUGCUUGUGAAUUAUUGAGUGAUUUUGCAUCUUUGCCGGAUGGUGACAAGACUGUUGUAGGCGAAAAGGGUAUCUCGUUGAGUGGAGGUCAAAAAGCAAGACUUUCAUUAGCUAGAGCGGUUUACGCAAGAGCAGAUGUCUAUUUGUUUGACGAUGUCCUUUCAGCAGUUGAUGCUCACGUUGGAAAGAACAUUAUCAAGAAAGUACUUGGUUCAAAUGGGAUUUUGAAAACGAAAACGAAGGUAUUAGCUACUAAUUCUGUGAAUGUCCUUUCCGAGUCCCAUAAUAUUGUACUCUUGAAGUCAGGUAAAAUAAUUGAAACGGGAACGUACUCAGAAGUGAUGAAGAAAGACAAUUCUGACCUCCUUGAAUUGAUAAAAGAGUUUGGACAACAAGAAAAAGAGCAUGAAAAAGAGCAAGAAAUAGAAGAGAAUGAAAUAGAACUUUGCUCAGAAUCGAAUUCACUUGUAUCUUCAUCUGAAAUUCAAGUCUUUGAACCUGAAGUUACAGAAAAUGUGAUUGAGCCAGCUGGUAAUACUUCAAGACGUAGCUCCAUUGGCGCAGCGAGCUUAAUGCCGUUUGGACAUGACUUUAUCCAUGAUGAUGAAAUUGUUGAACAGAUUGAAGAGGAUGGUUCGUCACCAGUUAAGAAGACGGGACAUACGAAAGAAAUUACUACAAAAGGGAAGAUGAGCUUAAAAAUUUACCUUGAGUAUUUUAAAGCCUGCAAUUAUACCUAUGUGUUUUUGUAUCUUAUUUUAGUGUCUUUGACUAUUGGAACUACUGUUUUAGGAAAGUACUCCCUUAAAUUUUGGUCUGAAGUCAAUGAAAGGACAGGGGAAAAUACAAACCCAGGUAAGUAUUUAGGAAUAUAUACCUUCCUAGGUGUUAUAGGCUCUGCAUUGACAUUGAUUGCAGCUUUUGUUGUUUGGACAUACUGUAUCAUUCGAGGAUCAAUAUAUAUACAUGAUAAGAUGGCUAAUCAGGUUUUGAGAUCUCCAAUGUCAUUCUUUGAAACAACUCCAAUUGGAAGAAUUUUAAAUAGGUUUUCUGAAGACAUCAACAUGAUAGACCAGAACUUACCAUGGGCUAUUAUUGACCUUUUGGAAUAUGCCUUGAAUAUUAUUGCUGUUUUCUUAAUCAUUGUUUUGAACUUACCAAUAAUGGGUAUAAUUAUAUUAGUCUUGAUGGUAGCUUAUAAUGAGGUUAGAAAGUUUUUCAUUCCAUCAUCUAGAGAGAUUAAAAGGCUCAAAAGUGCUAAAAAGAGUCCUGUAUUUUCUCACUUGCAAGAGCUGGUAAAUGGAGUUGAAAGCUUGAGGGCUUACGCACAAGAGGAUAGGUUUAUCUACAAAAAUAAUGCAUUGCUUAACUCAAAGAUUGUUAUUGACUACAUGAUGACAUUGACUAACAGGUGGUUAUCAAUGAGAUUACAAUUCGUGUCAUCCUUAUUACUAUUUUCUUCCGGAUUGCUUGUUGUGUUGACAAUAGGCACAUCCCUUGAAAUGAGUUCUGGUCUUGUAGGUUUUGUUAUGGCAUAUACAUUAAGUAUUACUGAGAUGUUGAAAAGUAUCAUUUUCCGCUGGGCCCAGUUAGAAGCAAGAUCGAUUUCACUUGAGAGGUUGUUUGAAUAUUGUAAUUUACCCACGGAGGCUGAAAUGAUUAUAGAAUCCAAUAGACCUAAGGAAUCAUGGCCAAAUGAUGGUACUAUCGAAUUUAGAGAUUACAGCACCAGGUAUAGAGAAAAUUUAGACCCUGUCUUAAGGAAUGUUUCUUUGAGAAUUAAACCAAGUGAGAAAAUUGGUAUAGUUGGUAGAACGGGAGCAGGAAAGUCUUCUCUUACCUUAGCAAUUUUCCGUAUUAUUGAAUCAAUUGGUGGUAACAUUAACAUUGAUGGAGUUGAUACAAGCAGUAUUGGUCUCUUUGAUUUGAGAAGCAAUUUGAGUAUCAUUCCUCAAGAAGCACAUACAAUUGAAGGCUCUAUUAGACAAAAUUUAGAUCCGUUUGGUAAUUUCUCUGAUAAACAAUUGUGGAAAGUGUUAGACUUGGCACAUUUGAGGAAACAUGUCGAAUCAAUGAAAACAAGAGGUUUUGAUAAAGGUGAUGACGACGGAGAUGAUGACACCGCACAAGAAGAAUUUGUUGGACUUGAUGCGAAUGUGUUUGAAGGAGGUUCCAACUUGUCUUCAGGCCAAAAGCAAUUACUUUGUUUGGCAAGAGCAUUAUUGAACACUUCUAAAAUAUUGAUUUUGGAUGAAGCCACAGCGGCCGUUGAUGUUCAAACUGACAAGAUUAUUCAAGAUACAAUUCGUACAGAGUUUAAGGAUAAAACAAUCUUAACUAUUGCGCAUAGGUUAGAUACCAUUAUGGACAGUGAUAGGGUUAUAGUGUUGGAUAAGGGAGAGGUUAAAGAGUUUGACACAAUUCCAGAAUUGUUAGCAAAGAAGGACGGUAUAUUUUAUCUGCUUUGCAAGGAAGGAGGAUAUUUAAAGAAUGAAUGA